CAUGCGUACUAAUUACUUCAACGAAUCCAUGAGGAAGUCGUGCCCGUUUUCGUCUUUUAAGUUAUCUGUAGUAACGGUAGAAGUUUCACAUUUAUAUGCAUUGAAGCACAUUCAAUGUUUUCCAAGGUCAGAAAUGGAAAUGUACCACCUCCUCCAACAACUUGACUCCAAUACAACACCGCAUUCAACUACGUGAUUUUACCUCUAUACCCCUAUAUAUUUCCCACCCUCUUAAAUAAUCCGAACCUCACACCAAAAACAUUGCCAACAAAAAUUACAGAUAAACCUUGCUCUACAAGUUUCUCCAAAACCUCAAAAUUUUCUAGUUAAUCCAAAACAUUUCUGAAUCCAAAACCUAAAAGAAAAUGAUGAUGACUCGUAACGCAACGAAGGCAGCGCGAACAGCGCUGCCGCGUUACUUCUCAACUGCCGUCGUGCGCGGCGGUGCUGUGGUUAGCGCUUCAUCGGUUAGGACCUCUGUCCGCGGAGGCGCCACCACUUUAUUCGGCAGCACUCCGAAAUAUGCGGAGAAUGCGGUCGAAAAGUGGAUGCAGCUCCCGGUUCUAGGAUCGCGCAACGCCAGUACAGUGGUGCUGGGUGAGAAGCAGCAGGAGGAGGAGAAGGUGAACGACGGAUCUGCUGGAAGCUCCGCCCCUGCCGGUGGCGACGGGAAGGAUAACAAGGGGAUUGUGAGUUACUGGGGGAUUGAGCGCCCGAAGAUUACCAAAGAAGAUGGAUCUGAGUGGAGAUGGAACAGCUUUAUGCCAUGGGAGACAUACAAGGCUGAUUUAAAUAUAGAUCUGCAAAAGCAUCACGCUCCGGUCACCUUUCUGGACAAGGUCGCCUAUUGGACUGUCAAGGCACUCAGAUUUCCUACUGAUAUAUUUUUUCAGAGGAGGUAUGGAUGCCGUGCUAUGAUGCUUGAGACGGUGGCAGCCGUUCCGGGCAUGGUGGGAGGGAUGCUGCUGCACUGCAAGUCCCUGCGACGAUUCGAGCAGAGUGGUGGAUGGAUCAAAGCCCUUCUGGAGGAAGCAGAGAACGAGAGGAUGCAUCUGAUGACCUUCAUGGAAGUGGCUCAGCCCCGUUGGUACGAGCGCGCCUUGGUGUUUGCCGUCCAGGGCGUCUUCUUCAACGUGUACAUGGCGGCCUAUCUGGUUUCCCCAAAGUUCAGUCACCGCAUUGUUGGAUACUUGGAGGAAGAAGCCAUCCACUCCUACACUGAGUUCUUGAAAGAGCUCGACAAGGGGAACAUUGAGAAUGUCCCUGCUCCUGCUAUUGCCAUCGACUAUUGGCGCCUCAGCCCCGACGCUACCCUCCGUGAUGUUGUCGUUGUUGUUAGGGCCGACGAGGCUCACCACCGUGAUGUCAAUCACUAUGCAUCGGAUAUUCACUAUCAAGGCCGGGAGUUGAAUGGAUUGCCAGCGCCGGUUGGAUAUCACUGAGACCGGCUAUGCUAAUUGCUAAACAAUACGAAUGAGUUUGUUUGAUCUGAGUGUGAAAUGGAGGCGCAAAAUCCGGGAGUGGAGAGAAUCACGCGUAAUAAGAAGAAUAUGGCUGAGACUUUGCAGAAGCACAAGAAGAAGACGCCAUGUGGAUUAAUCUCCACACGAUGGAUGGAUGUCAUUCGGAUAAUUAUAUUUGAAGCUGCAUAGUCAUAAAUCAUAGUGCUCUGAGUUAUUGCCUUCUUGGAGAUGCUAUGUGAAUUUGAUUGUAUGAGCCAGAGAGAGAGAGAUGGGAUUAAUAUUUAAGAAAGAUAUCAAAAAGUUUAUGCAA